UCAAAAUGGCGGAGAAUUCAGUAGAAAAGGGUCCGUGGAAAGAGACCCUCGAUUCAUUUGUACAAUAUGUCGCUUUGAACCCCAAAGAGUUUCUUUUCUAUGUUUUCCUAAUAAUGACUCCUUUGAUGGCAAUAAGUGGAUAUCUAUCCCUGAAACUAGCAAAACACAUAGAAAAGAAUGAAAAGGAAAAGAAGAAAAAAGCAACUCGUCAAUCAAAUAUGGCCAAAGCAAGACGGAGAGCAAAAGCUGAUUGAUUCCUGUGGAAAAAAAGAGUUCGUUAACUUUGAGGUGGCAAAUGAGUUUCUGCAACAGGAGGAUGUAGUUUAGAAAUUUGUCACUUACUGCGAUUUUCAGUUGAAUGAGGCCCAGCAGAAGUUUGGUGACCACAUUUUGACACUGAAGUCAUUUUGUUAUCAUGGGGACUGGCUGCAUUUACAGUGGCAACUUGUUGUUUGACUUCUUUUGGUGGGCUUUCAUGUUUGACAGUUGAUGCACUGCUAUUGAGGUUCAGUUACAAUUGGAAAUGAAAAAGAUUGCUUGCAACAACACCAUUAUUUUACAGUUAAAACCUAGACAACAAACUUUUUGUGCACUUCACUCAACUGAUAAUCAUUGUUAUGUCACUGACAUGUUUGCACAGCACAGCACAGCAAGUGGAAAGAUAUACUAUGACGAAAUUUUGUUUGAUAUGUUAUGACUAUUUUGGUUUAAUUUGCUUUUUUUAUCUUAGUGUAUAUAAAUAAUACCAUUUUGAUCAUCAGUUAGGUCAUCAGAUCGUCAUGAAAUAGAAAUAUUAACCAUUAUUUGAUGGCAUGUAUGGAGCAAAAGCUAAAUGAUUAAAACUCAAAUGUAUAUUGAGAAACAGGUAA